UAUGACACAGCAUCUUUUGAAGCAAGGAAAUGAAAAAACUGCCUAUUUUCGAAGCAGAGCAGAGUAAUCAUUGAAGAGGAAAACUGGGCAACAGAGAGAAGGAGGAGCAACUCUGAAGCAGGGCAAUGAAAAGAAGGGUCCUGAAGGAGGGAAAGGUGGAAUAAACUUCUAAUAUAGAGAACGGGAACUGAGGUUUAACUUCAAUGCCAGAUCUGGUCGCUUUGGAGUAACUGAAGAUUACUUGCCUACACAGGGCUGUGCUCAAGUGCACAGCAAUCCCUGAGUGAAUUUACCCUGUUAAUUGCUUGUAACAUUGGCAUAGCUUGUCAUUGGAAAGGGGAGUGACUCACAACUGGACUUUGUAUGAAAGUAUCAACCCAGGACAGACCUUCAGUCAAUUCUGAGACCAGAGUGGGAGUAUUUCACUUACCGUUAAGUUGGAUUAUGAUUGACUGUGAGGCAUAGGCAAAUGCAGAGAAGGGGCUGGGAUUGGCCGGAACUCUGUAAUCAGUGGCUUUAUAGACAUUGGGACUAAGACUAAGAUCUAGGGAAAGCAGUUAUUGAGGCAAAACUGAAAGCAGGACGGUUGACCCAGAGAAAGACUGAGAACGGACCAUUAGCCAGGAUACAGUGACCUACAUUGAAAUCUUGGCUGUGACAAGGGAAGUAAUCAAGAUGGCAUCUGUGAAUAAGACCAAAGGUGUAGCUGAGGCUAAGGCAACCCCCUUAGCAGAACCUGGUGCAGCAUCUCAGACCAAGUCAAAGAAAACACUAUCCAAGGGCAGUGCUGUGACUAAAUGCAAAGUUAAGAGUGAUGGUGGGAAUAAAAUAAAUAACAAAUCUACUACCAAAAAUACUGAAAAAGCAAAUACUGGGUCUAAGCCCCAGAAAAGGGGAGAGACUAAUGUUAAGUUCAAGACUGGAGACAAAGAUGAUAUUCUGAUAGUCCCCUCUGAUGAAGAUGAAGAAUAUGUCUGCUCUUGGUUCUGGACAGGAGAAGAGCCUAGUGUAGGAUCCUGGUUCUGGCCUGAAGAAGAGAACCCUUAUCAAAUUUAUAUUCCUCUACCUAAGAUUGAGGAUAAACCUGCAGAACCUGAACUUGCUAUAAAGCAAAAAGCAGCAGCAUGGUUCAGGGCCAGGUAUUGUGUCCUAGUCCCAUUAGAGGGACUAGAGCCUCCAGAAGGGAACUGGACUCUGGUAGAAACCCUGAUUGAAACACCUCUGGGGAUUCGACCUCUGACUAAGAUCCCACCCUAUAAGGGACCUUACUUGCAGACCUUAGCUGAGAUUAAAAAUCAGAUUAGGUACAGAGAAAACUAUGGGCCUAAUCCAAAAACCUGCCGCUGUAAAUCACGUACCUUUAGCUUAGAACCCGAAGAGUUUGAUAAACUUGUUGCCCUACUUAAAUUAACUAGGGAUCCUUUCAUUCAUGAAAUAGCCAGGAUGAUCAUGGGUAUUAGUCCUGCUUAUCCAUUUACCCAAGAUAUUGUUCAUGAUGUGGGCAUUACUGUUAUGAUCGAAAACUUGAUCAACAAUCCUGAUGCUGGAGAGUACCGGCGAGUUUUAAAUAUAGCGAAGGCGAAUUCUGAGUCUUUGGAAGAACCAGAAGCAGGAAAGUCACACACACUUCAAGUCUGCAAGAAUGUAUUUUCUUCUCCUUUGAACUCCCCUGUGCAACUUGAUGCACUGAAGUUAUUAGAGCAAUUGAGUGUGGAUUAUGAGGAGCACCAGAUAGUUGCCAGUUACAUUCCAGAUUUCCUCAUUUUGUUAAAGAAGGGUAGUGUUAAAACCAAGUUUCAUGUUUUAAAAAUAUUUUUUCGCUUGUCCAAAAAUCAGGCCAAUACAAGAGAACUGAUUAGUGCCAAAGUACUGUCCUCACUGAUUGCACCUUUUAACAAAAAUGAGUCAAAGACCAAUGUUCUUAGUAUUAUUGAAAUAUUUGAAAACAUAAAUUUCCAUUUCAAAAAGAAGGCUAAGCUGUUUACCAAGGAAGAGUUCACUAAAUCUGAACUUAUUUCUAUAUUCAAGGAAGCAAAAGAGUUUGGUCAGAAACUCCAAGACAUAGCAGAGCACAAUGAUCCUGAGGCCUGCUUUAAGAGUGGUUAUUUCUUCAAGGAAAGAAAGGAAGAGGCUGGCACGACGUUUUGGAGUGUCGACGAGGUUGGUGCGAAGAGGGGUAAUACAGGGGACAGCUACACAAUAGCUCAUGACAGGAGGAACUGCUGUCUGCUGUACGGAUCAUUGAAUCAAAGGAAAAAGGGGAUAUUGUACCACAGAGUUCAGGCCUGCUUUAAGGCUGGUCACUUCUUCAAGGAAAGAAAGGAAGAAGAGACUGGCACAAAUCUCUGGAGUGUGAAGAGGAGGACCUGCUGUCUGCUGUAGGGAUUAAUACCACUGGAUCAAAGAAAAGAGGGGAUAUUGCUCCACAUCAGUUCAGUGUGCUCCUCAGCUUAGAAGUUCUGUAAGGAUACAGCAUUUAUACUUGGAGAACAUCAUGUUGUCAUCUGGACGGAUGCAUCCCAAAGCAGAUAUUUAAUGAAUCCAUGCCUGUGGACCUUUUCAUGUUCAACCGAAGUGCAGGUUGCUGCAGAAAUCUCUGGAUAGCUAUUCACUUGGAAAGCAUUUAAGAACACAAUACCCAUUCAUUUGGAUCCAAGGUUGACAAGGAAGGAGUGGAAAAUUGCACCAUAUCAGUGCAGGUCCUGUUGUGGCUGUGCUGACCUUGGAGUGGCAGAAAACCAUCACUUUCAACAGGUUAACACUCAGAAGCCAUCAUCUUCCUUCAGACUGAGUUCCUCUAGUGUACUUCUGUAUCAUUGAUAGAGACUGUGUAUAUAUUUGACUAACUGCUGCUACAAAAUUUAUUUCUGACCCAGUGUUAAGAUACUGACCUUAGACAUAUUGAGCACCAAAUCCAAGGCUGUUAUAGACUUACACAUUUAAUAGAGCUUUGACAAUGGCUAAGAACAGACGUAGAAACAAGUCCAAA